AUAAAGGUGGAGCGGCUGGAGCAGAGGAGCUGAACCUGCAGCCUUUCUCAACUUACAGCUCGCAUGCUGAUGCAAAAGCAGACGGACUUCAACGCCGACGGAGCUCACUCUGCGUCUCCGCAGUCUGCUGUGAUUUUGAAAUAACUCGGUGUCCCACAUCGUCCCUCCGACGCGAAGCUGACCUUGGUGUUGUUGAUGAGCAGAAUGUUUCUUCCUCUGCGAGCUUCAGAAAAUGAACACCUCCCUGUGUGACCUCGCUGCGAUCAUGUAUCACCUCGCUGCGGACUGCCCAGUGAAUCCCAGUUGCAACUUCUCCUCCACUUCUUCCAACUGGACAGCAGGCGGCGAUGGCCCUCAGCUGCCGACGUUCACCACAGCGGCCAAAGUCAGAGUGAUCACCACGUUCAUCCUCUGCGGCAUAUCGGCCUUUUGCAACCUGGCUGUGCUGUGGGCGGCGCACGCCGACGGGAAGCGCAAAUCCCACGUCAGGGUGCUGAUUGUCAACCUGACGCUGGCUGAUCUGCUGGUAACCUUCAUCGUGAUGCCCGUGGAUGCUGUGUGGAACAUCACCGUCCAGUGGCUGGCUGGGGACUUUGCCUGCAGGCUACUGAUGUUUCUUAAGCUGCAGGCGAUGUACUCGUGCGCUUUUGUCACUGUGGUGAUCAGCUUGGACAGGCAGUCUGCCAUCCUUAACCCUCUGGCCAUCAAUAAAGCCAGUAAGAGGAACAGAGUGAUGCUGAGUGUGGCGUGGGGUAUGAGCGUCGCGCUGUCAGUCCCUCAGAUGUUCCUUUUUCACAACGUGACCAUCAUCCACCCCGAGGACUUCACACAGUGCACAACACGGGGAAGUUUCAGCACUCACUGGCACGAAACAGCCUACAACAUGUUCACGUUUUCCUGCCUGUUCCUGCUGCCGCUGGUCAUCAUGAUCACCUGUUACACCAGGAUCUUCUGUGAGAUCUCCAAACGACUGAGAAAGGACAACCUGCCCUCCAACGAAGUGCAUCUGCGGUGUUCAAAGAAUAACAUCCCCAGAGCUCGGAUGAGGACUCUAAAAAUGAGCAUUGUGAUCGUCUUGUCUUUCAUUAUCUGCUGGACUCCGUAUUACCUGCUGGGCCUGUGGUACUGGUUCUUUCCCGAUGACCUGGAGGGGAAGGUCUCCCACUCACUGACUCACAUCCUGUUCAUCUUCGGUCUGGUCAACGCAUGCCUUGAUCCAGUCAUCUAUGGCCUGUUCACCAUACGCUUCCGAAAUGGACUCCGGAGGUAUUACUGCAACGCCAGAGUCACAGAUCCGGAUAAUAGCACAGUUAUAACUGGAUCUUUUACCUGUGCUGCCAAUUCUUUGUCACUGAGAAGAGAUGUGAGUCCUGCCACCCAGGAGAGGCUCACGCUGUGCAGUGACAACUACAACAAACCAGAGUCGACGUUGCCAAAGACUGGCUUUCUAAAAGCAGAUGAUGCAGAACCAGAUUCCAGCCAGUCCAGUCCUGAAAGUAUCUUAUGAGAAGAGCUCAAGGUUUUUGCUAUGGUUGUAUAACUGUUAUUUAUUCUGAUUUAUUCAGUGUGUGACUAUCUAAUGUGUGUUCAUGUCUGGCAGAAUGCUUAAUGUCAUCUUGACUUAUUAAAAUGCUUGUGUAAAAAGACCAAAAUAGACACAAAAUUCACAUUCUACUUCAUGUAAAUUGAAAAGCUUUGAAAAAUAAAUACACUGAUCACAUUACAUUACCGUUACAUGAGCUUCUGUUACAUAGAAAUGUUUGU